AUGCCUCAUAUUGAGAGACAGCUUUGGUCAGACUUUCCUCGCCUGCUAAUACUUGAGGUCAUUCAUGCGUCCGCUGAAGAGCCUUCACAACAGAUCAACAUGGGCGCCCAAGACGAUCUCUCAUCCGGCUACAAAGGCCCCUCUAGUGGCCCGAUACAGACCUUACGCUUCGAAAUGUCUAUCGUCUAG